UUGUCUCCUUCCUUCUACUCCCUCAACACCUCUCUCUCUCUCUCUCGUAGUAACAGUAGCCACCACCUAAACACUUGUACUAAUAAUACACCAUUUUUCUAUGCAUUAGCAAAGAAACGAAAAUUCAAUUAACAAUGCUUCCACUUCCAUUGAUUUGCCUCUCUUUUCUGUCGUUUAUCUCCUACACUUCAAUCCCACUCUCCAGUGCAAAAGAUCAAUCAUUAGUAUUACCAUCGUCGUCGUCGUCGUCGAUAUAUGAAAUCCUCCUGGCCCAUGGGCUACCGAUGGGCCUGCUGCCCAAGGGUGUGAAAGAGUUCGACAUUGAUGACACCGGGCGGUUCCAGGUGCACCUGGAUCAGCCCUGCAACGCCGACUUCAAGAACUCAUUGCAUUACGAUCGGAACGUUUCGGGGACUCUAAGCUACGGUCAGAUCGCAUCCUUGUCGGGGAUUUUGUCUCAGGAGUUGUUUCUUUGGUUCCAAGUGAAGGCGAUUCGGGUGGAUAUACCCAGCUCCGGCUUGAUUUACUUCGACGUCGGCGUGGUUGAUAAGCAAUUCCCUUUGUCGCUGUUCGAAACGCCGCCGGAUUGUGUAGCAGCGAGGACAGUGGAGCCCGAGAGUGAGUUUGAUCAGGAAGAUUUUGCGUAGAUUGUGAAAUGUGACGGAGCAAUCGGCUCAUUGGUUCUUCCAUUCCCCUUGUAAACUACGAUAUAUAGUGCAGACUCUGCAGUCUGUGCAAACUAGUCGCGCCAGCUCCUGUGUAUGCAAAUGCAAUGAUGGUGGGUGUAUUCGAUUGAGAGGGAGAAUAAACGAGGCAUAUCUAGUUGAGAUAAAUGAAUGUCAGCAUAUUCAGGUGUUGUAUCGGGUCAUCUUCUUCUUCUUUCUUCUUUUUUUUUUUUUUUUUUUUUCUGUAAUAUAAUUUGUAAACUAAUCAAGAAUCAAAACCUUUCUUCCUUUGCUUU